UACACAGCUAUAUAACAACAGGAAAAUGUAUGGUGGCCAUAACUUGCUAGCUGAUUUAAAGCUGCAAGAAAACAGUUUACAUUUUCACAAUUUUGUUCGCAUGUCAUCGCAAGAUUUCGAAUUUUUAUUGAAUGCGAUCGGUCCAAAAAUAAAUAAAAUGGACACUGCAAUGAGAAAAGCUGUCACUGUUACAGAAAGAUUAGCCAUAACACUACGUUUUUUAGCAACGGGAGACCCAUACACAAGUAUGCAGUAUCUGUUCAAAGUUUCAAAACAAUUAAUAUCCACAAUUGUUCCUGAAGUUUGUCAAGCGCUUAUCGAAGUCUUGAAAAAAAACAUAAAAUCAUCACCCAUACACAGUGGAAGCGAUUACUUUAAUUAUAAAUCAGCUUUCAGCAUUGUCCUCUUUGCUGUAGUUGACGCUCAUUAUAAUUUUAUAUACGCCGAUAUUGGAUGUCAGGGCAGAAUUUCUGACGGAGGAGUUUUUAAAAAUUGCAAAUUAUCGAACAAACUAGUUACAAAUAGGUUAGGUUUGCCAAUAGAAUCGAAUUUGCCAGAAAAAAGCAAGAAAAUACCAUAUGUAUUUCUUGGUGACGAGGCAUUUGCUUUGGGCGAAAAUUUGAUGAAGCCAUUCUCAGGUACACAUCGUAAAGAAUCGGCUGAAAGGAUUUUUAACUAUCGACUCAGCAGAGCACGAAGGGUAGUUGAAAAUGUAUUUGGAAUUUUUUCAGCGGUGUUUAGAGUAUUACGAAAACCAAUGUUAUUGGAACCAGAAAAAGCGGAGUUAAUCGUAAUAGAGACGGUGAUUUGUCUUCAUAAUUUUUUAAGAAGGAGCAAUACUUCUCGAACCAUAUACACUCCUCCUACAAGCUUCGAUUCAGAACAAAAUGGAGUGUUAGUAGGAGGUAACUGGAGACAAGACAAACAAAUGACUUCGUUAAUUCCAAUUAGAAACGUCCCGCGAAGAUCAACACUAAACGCCAAAGAAAUUCGAGACGGAUUUAAAGAAUAUUUCAUUACGAAUGGAUGCUUGGAUUGGCAAGAUGAAAGUGCUUAAAAAUUAUCUUAAAAAUUAUCUUAUGUACUUACGUUCUCUGUAUCAAUUGUAGUUCGGGGUUCAUCCUUAUCUAAUAAAUAAUGCAUUCUUUCAAAAGCAAACCAUUUUGAAACAUAUAUGCUUUUACGAGCUGGAAAAAAUUAAUUUAUGAUUUUAUUCUCAUCAGAUAUUUAUAGCAAUUAAC